AUGGACCCGCAAUUGAACAACAACGACAACAUGAACAAGUCUGGCGUUGUCAACAAAAAAGAACACAACCAUGGUUUCAAAUCCCUCGUUGACCAACACUCUUCUGGCUUUUGCCCCCAGUGUGGAGUCGACAUAACUCGCUUCAGCCAUGAGUUCUGGUGUCGAUACUCGCGAUGA